AUGUUCUUUGCUCAGAUGAAUUGUGAAAAGUUUCGUUUCAUUUCUUGCUUAGGCGAAGGGGCUUUUGGAAUAGUGUACCAAGCAAUUAAUCUCCAGACAGACAAACAAGUUGCAGUCAAAUGUAUCAAAACAAAUCAAGCACUUGGUGCCCUCGAAAAUAUGAAACGGGAAGCAGACAUUCACUCAAAGCUUAAACAUGUGAACAUUGUCGCAUUAAAGAGUUUUGCACUCCAGAAUAACUUUUUACAAUUGGAAUUAGAAUUAUGCGAGCAAGGCACUUUAUGUGAUUUUCUCUUUUGCAAACAAAACAUUAUUUGCGCCCAGCUUUGUUCGGCUGUUCAUUAUCUUCAUGAAGGUGCUUUAGCAAAAGACGCUGUAAUUCAUCGGGACAUCAAAUUAGAGAAUGUUCUUCUCACGCGGGGAAUGCAGAUAAAACUUGGUGAUUUUGGACUUGCUAUCUCAAAGCCCCGUGAUAGUAUCGGCAGAUGGGGAAUAGCUGGAGAGAUGAUUCGUGGUCUCAAGUAUGGAAAGAAAACAGACUUAUGGUCACUUGGUAUUUUACUUUACGAGAUCUGGACGUGGCGUACUUUUCAAUGGUCUAAGGGCGUAUCACUUGAGAAAUCGAUUGCCGCUAUGCUUUCAGAGCCUUUGAGCGAUGAUGUGUCUCAGGUGCUGGCGCUAUUUCUGCAAAUAGACGUGAGUAUGUCGAAGGUCACAAGUGAGCACACCGCUGAUCUGUACGUCUAUAUUUCAAGUCACACAAAGUUUUUAUCAGGCAUUGAAGACGAAGGAAGCGAUAAGUCUUUUCAAUCAGCAAAGAGUGAGAAAGAUUCAGAACUCAUGUGA